CGCGCGCGCCGCCGCCAUCUCGGGGCGCGCCAGAGAUCGCAUGAUUUAUGGCGCACUGGUUUUGUAAUUCGCAAAUAACAAAGUGACUCAGACUUGUCGCCCGCAACAAAUCCACCGUUGACUUCGCACUUCACAGUUCCUGUGAGACUUUGUGAAAAAUGCAAAUGAAGCGGUAAACGAACGAACGAUAAAUGUUAACGAGAUGAUCGCUUAGAUUAUUCGCAAAUCUCGCUUUAUCUCUGUAAUAUACACGAUUCGGAGUAUCCUGGAGUUGUUCGAGAGUAUUCUCAUCGUCGUCGCAGCACAACAGAGCGGUCAUCAAAAGGUUAAUUUCUUUGGUCUGCGUUUACACAAAUUUCAAGAAGCUUCAGGUGCAGAAUUGUCGAAGGAACAAUGUCUGAGGAACAAUUCUCUUUAGUAUGGAACAGUUUUCCAAGAAAUCUCUCCUCAGGCUUAUACACUUUAUUGACAGACGAACAGCUUGUAGAUGUUACUCUAGCAGCUGAGGGCCAAAUUUUGCGAGCCCACAAGCUGAUAUUGUCAGUUUGCAGCAAAUACUUUCGAGAGCUUUUCAAGGGACAUUCCUGCAAGCAUCCUAUUGUCAUACUGAAAGAUGUUAAUUAUCGAGAUUUGUCUGCUAUGCUGCACUUCAUGUAUCAAGGCGAGGUCAAUAUAAAACAGGAGGAUAUUGCCAGUUUUCUUAAAGUUGCAGAGACCCUCCAAAUAAAGGGGCUUACCACAGACUCAGACGAAAAACUUGAAGAUGUUCUUGAAAAAAAUGUCGAGGAUUUGAAAGAUCAUCUCUUCGAUGUGGAAAGGGACAAAAGUAAUUCUGGCAGCGGAGACGAAAACACAGCCGCUUUCAGCAGACUGACACACGCUGCAGAGAGGGAACAAUCUAUAACGAGGCAAGACACUUCGACGGAAAGAAGAUCAUUUGCUGAACAGAUGUCAAGUGACAUUUGCCAUCGACAAAGUUUCACAGAGGACGACUACGAUCAUCGAGACACACAGCCAGCGUUCAGAGAGAGAUGCAGAAGCGCGGACACGUUACCGAGUAUGAUGGAAGAGCAGCCGCUGGAUUGCACAUCCGACGUGAGCCAGCUGCGUGAAGCUAAGCACGAACCGGUGGAUUAUACGAUGGACAUGGAUGCGGAACCGAGUUACAAGUCGUACACGGCGGAGAAAAUACUCUAUAAUCCCGAGGAAAAUGUGCAGAGACAAGAUUUCGCGCCAGAUACGCAGUUAGUUCCCUACAAUCAGAACUCACAAACUCAGCCGUUCGGUUUGAGCAAUGUCUCAGCGUUCCAAGGUGAUUUUGCAUACGAUAUGGCGACUCUCGGCAACAAGGGUCGACGUACCGUCAAAGGUAUUCCCGGUAGCAGCCUGCCGCUGGAGGCUACACUGCGUGUCGUUUCGGAACUGAAUCCCACGCUACGCGUAGACCGCGGCAAGGUAAUACGCAUGUAUGCGUGUCCGUGGUGCCUGCGUCAUUUCACACGCAAGGAGAAUCUCAAACUCCAUGUCCGUUACAUUCACGGUCCGCUUGAAAGUCUCACGUGUAAGCUUUGUGGCAAUAAAUAUAAGAACAGUAACAGUCUGCGUGUACACUCCUACCUCUAUCACAACGCCAAGCGGGAUAAGCACGGGAAGCCGCUGACAACAGGCGACGGCGACGGCGACGGCGGUGGAGGCGGCGUGUAAAGAGAAUGUCGGAUUCUCUUUUUCUUUUCUACGACAAGCUCAGCGAAAGACACUGGACAUUUUGUGUAUUAACGAGACGAGAAUGCGUAAAGCUGCGAGUGCAAUUUGUUAUAUUUAUACCUGCGCACCAUACUACAAUCGACACCUUGUUUAGACGUAUGUAAUAAGUACCGAAUAUUUCUAUACGUUGCUAAAUUAAGCGGAAGGUUUGUAGAAAUAAAGCGCCUUAUUGUACAUAUGUUUUUACAGACCUAUAUACCCAUCCCAUUUCGUCGCGACGCCAAACGAUUAUGGGAGACACAAAUGUACGAAUAUAUGAGUAUUGUUCUAUGUAUAUACGCGUUGCGUUGCAACAUGUAGCUAAGUUGUGUAUUGCGAAAAUCGAGAGUAGAUACUAAUUUACAUUGUGAUUUAAGAUCAUUAACUACCCAUUCAGAAGAAAAAUCUAAUCUCUGUUUGAGCGUCUGACGACUAAUUUUCGCUGUUCUGUACGCAUUUUAUAAUUUGGUAUUUCGUUUCAGGACAUUUUUAAAAUUUUGUAUUAACCCUAAAAAGAAAGAUUGCUGAAGGAGGCAAAUGUUAUUCAAACCACAUUGUAUUUUUCUCAUGAUUGUAUACUGUCUCAAAAUCAACAGAUUUUUGUACGAAAA